CUAUAAAACCGACGGGAGCGCCGGCGCUCCCAUUUGCGCGUCUCUGUUUAAAAGCCAAUAGAAAACGAAACCAAAUAGGUAGCACAAUAAUUCUUUUUGCAUACAAAAUCAGAGACGUUACACAUUCAGAUCAAGCCUACAAUAUGCUACUGUUGCGUUGUUUUUACCCUUUAAUGUGUCUGCACAAAUCGCAUAAUAUUCGUUUACAACAAAAAAUACUAAAAUGCUUUGCACGUCUUUGCACACAUGUUCUAUAGAUUUGCGGGGGCUGGCAGUUGCUAUUUACCUUUUCCUAUGACUCAUAGACGUAAUCACGUUCUGUGCACUAUGACCCCAAGGUAUGUCGCGUGUGGUCACGUCACAAGGCGGGACAUUUGAAUUGAAUGAUGUACAUGCUACUCAGGUGCGUUCUACUCCUCUUCGUCACGUUUUAUCAUUGCAAUCUGUUGCUUCGUCAUUUCUCUUUCACACAUACGCAUAAUGCACAUUUAUAAAUGCAUCCACAAACACACACUCGUGGGCGUAACGUUACGUCUACACAACGUGCAAAGAGAAAAAAAAAGUUCACGGAUGCUGAGGUUUUGGAGUUACUAUUCGCGUCUGACGAAGAAGAACUGUCCGACUGCUCAUCUGCUCCGGAUUCAGUUUCUAGUGGGGACGAAGCUGACUUUCUUGAAGGAAUAGAUCCGAUCCAGGACAUUGCUGAAGAUGUUAGAGGGCCAGCAGAGCCCUCAGAGCCACCCUGCACCUCAGAGUCAUCUGUGCCAAUUUGUAGAGGGAGAGGUUCUAGAGGGGACGAAGCCAACUUUUUUGAAGAAAUCGAUCCAUCGCAGGGCACCGCUGAAGAUGUUAGCGAGCCCUCAGAGCCACCCUGCACCUCAGUGUCAUCCGUGCCAGUUCAUAGAGGGAGAGGGUAUGGUCGGAGGACUAACACCAGAGGCUACAGAAGUCGGAGCCAAAGGUCCCGUGGCAAUGGCCGCACGUUAGAGACAGCCCCUAAUAAUUCCGGCGGGUGGAAAACAGAAAAUGACCCUGACCAUUUGCCUCAAUCCCCCCAUCUUUUCCUGCCUAAAAGAAAGCCAGGUGUGCAGCCACCUCUGUCAACUUCUCCGGACAACCUAACACCCAUUGAGCUUUUCGAAAUGUGCUCUGUUUGCAUCUUUUUCUGUCUGGAGAACAAACACCUGAAUAACUGCAGUGAGUUCAGAGCGGUGCGGGACGUCUCAGUAUCGUCUCUGAAUGCAGAUGAUCAGACGCUGCUGGAGCAGAAAAUGAAGCAGAAAGAUCAUGUGAGGAACAGAUUGAGAAAGAAGAACCAGAAGAGUCCUUGA